UCUCUUGCUUUACUACAUUACUGCCCGCGAUGCGACCUCCAGACGAUACGCUCGCUUCUUCUGCCGCUACCGCAGUGUCGGUACAUUCCACCGCCAACGAUUCUACAAUUCUACAAAAAGUGAACAGCCAAGAAGCCCCCGUGCAAUCGCGCCCUCAAGAAGUGCAGGAUGUUGAAAAGCAAGAAGUGGAAAAUAGCGAGCCCACCGUCGAUGCUGCUGCCGCCGACGCCGACCAGCAGUAUCCUGCCUUCUGGAAAUUAGUCCUCCUGUUAAUAGCCCUUUGCAUGGCCAUGCUUGUCGUGUCCUUGGACGGUACUAUUCUCGCCACCGCCAUCCCCAGAAUCACCAACGAUUUCAACUCCUUAGAUGAUGUUGCUUGGUAUGGAAGUUCGUAUCUCUUCGCUGUCUGCGCACUGCAGUUGAUGUUCGGCAAAUUUUACGUCAUGUACUCCGUAAAAUGGGUGUUUUUAGUAGGCGUUUUCGUUUUCGAGAUUGGUUCCCUCAUCGCCGCCGUUUCUCCGUCUUCAGCUGUCCUGAUCGUUGGGCGAGCUGUCUCGGGUUUGGGCGCCGCCGGUAUCUUCGCGGGGGCUAUCAUUAUUUUGGCAACUAAUAUACCCCUGAGAUUGCGACCUAUUUAUACAGGUCUCUUGUCGAGCAUGCACGGUAUCGCCAGCGUGGCUGGUCCUAUUUUGGGAGGUGCUUUUACUGACCAUGUAACAUGGCGGUGGUGUUUCUACAUUAACCUUCCUCUUGGUGGUCUUACCAUUCUGUUCCUCAUUCUCUUUUUGCCAGACAAGCCACCGGCACAGCCCGGGUUGCCCUUCAAGGAACAGGUUAAGCAGUUCGAUCUUCCCGGCAGCUUCUUCCUGAUCCCUUCUGUCAUCUGCCUUCUCCUCGCCUUACAAUGGGGCGGUGCGACAUAUUCUUGGAGCGACGGCCGAAUUAUCGCGUUAUUUGUUAUAUUUGGUGUCCUUGCUAUCAUCUUCUGGAUCGUCGAACUCUGGCAGAAGGAUCGAGCCACCGUUCCCUUGCGAGUCCUAAAGAACAAUAAUAUCAUCGGCGCUGUGUGGUAUGGUGUGUGCAUGGGCGCCGCUCUCUUCGUCUUUUCCUAUUACCUCCCGAUCUGGUUUCAGGCGGUUAAGGGGGUCUCUGCUACUCAAUCCGGCAUUGAUAACUUACCCAGCAUCCUUGGUCUCGUUGUAUUUUCCAUCAUUGGUGGAGGUCUUGCCACAGUGUUGGGCUUGUAUACACCGUUGCUCAUUGCUUCUUCGGCCAUCACUGCAGUUGGAGCCGGCCUUCUCAGCACUCUCAAGGUUGAUUCUACCAUCGGAUAUUGGUUUGGGUACCAGAUAAUAGUUGCGGCUGGUGCGGGUCUGGGUGCUCAGAACGUCAUGCUCGUUGCUCAGGUUGCCGUCCCUAUGGCUGAUAUGCCUAUGGCUAUCUCGAUUUUAACCUUCACCCAGUCGCUGUCUUCCUCGAUCUUCUUGGCUGUGGCCCAGAACGUCUUCCAAAACCAGCUAAUCAAGAAUCUGGUUGUCCGAGCCCCCGAAGUCGAUUCUGCUUCUGUUAUUAAGGGCGGUGCCACUGCACUGAGGGUUACUGUUUCGCCUGAGCAGUUGCCUGCUGUUUUACAAGCGUACAACGAUGCCCUCACGCAAACAUUUUACGUCGCUGUUGCCGUCAGCGCCCUGUCCAUCAUUGGGCCCAUCUUUAUGGACUGGCUUUCCUUAAAGCAGCCGGGGACAAAACCUACAGAAGACAUAACGGAGGCUUCCGUGAAUGAUCAGCCUGCCUAA